AUGCAGGUUCCCAAGUCCGUAUCUACCCCGCGCUUUAGAGACGACGAGAGACGACGGAAGCUGGAAAUUGGCCCGUCGUAUGCCGAAGGAGGUGGCUGCGCCAGGCCGGCCGUGCCUGAAACGCACGCGGUGCGCAUCACGAUCUGUCGCCCAGAGUCUGAUGCGCCUGCGCCCCUGGUCACGGUCCCGAUUGUCUUGCGCGGCGCCCUCUCACUAGUGGUGGAUCGCUGGAGCUGGCAGCGGCGGUGGCGAGGGAGGGUCAACGACGGCCGAGCAGUAUUUUUUCGUGGCCCAGUCUGGUCUCCUAACCGUCCAGUGUUGGAUCCCAAGGGUUGGCCGCCUGCAUGUCGCGGGACUCCUCGGCACGUACGGCGAGCACCAGCGUCGAGUGCCCUGCACGGUGUCUCUGUCAAGCGGGUUCAGGAUGGGGGUGGGAAGUGGGGCAAGCAGAGCGGGGAACGACAUGUCGCCUGA